AUGGGGGACCAGAAGCCGCAGGACCGGCCGAGGUCCCCGGGAAUGGACUCCAAGCCCUGGUACUGUGACAAACCGCCUUCCAAGUGCAUCGCAAAGCGCAUGGACCCUCGGAACCGGGUAUUUGUGACGCAGGGCAUGGACGACUUCCGCUACGCCUGUACGUCUCCCGAAGAUACGCUCGUUUGUCGCCGUGACGAGUUUUUACUCCCCAAAAUAUCUCUCAGAGGUCCCCAAGCUGACCCCAAAAGCAGGAAGAAAAAGCUGCGCAAGAAAGCGGCCCUGUUUUCCAAGCUCUCAGGAGCCAAACCAGCAAGGAAGGCGUUCGUAGAGGAAGUGGAAGCCCAGCUGAUGGCCAAGCCUCCGUUGGCCAUGAACUCCAAUCUGGGAGAAGAUACGCCUCCAGAUCUCCUACUACAGGUGCUGAAACCGCUGGAUCCUGAGAGGAAGCUGGAGGACGCAUGCGCUUGUGAGGGCCAGGAGACGACAACCGAUGAACCCAUGGAGCCUGGUAAAUACCCCUGCAGGGAAUUCUCCCCUCAGCCGCCCGAGACUCUGGUGUCCUGUCUCCGCCCAGAGCCUCCCAAGACUCCGGUGUCUAGUCUCUGCCCAGAGCCUCCCAAGACUCCGGUGUCUAGUCUCCGCCCAGAGCUUCCCAAGACUCCGGUGUCUAGUCUCCGCCCAGAGCCUCCCAAGUCUCCGGUGUCUAGUCUCUGCCCAGAGCCUCCUGAGACUCAGGUGUCCAGUCUCCACUUGGAGCGUCCCGAGACUGGAGUAUCCCAUCUCCUCCCGGAGCCUCCUGAGACUGGAGUGUGUCAUCUCUGCCCAGAACCUCCCAAGACUCGCGUAUCUCGUCUCCACCCGGAGCCUCCUGUGACUGGAGUGCCUGAUCUCUGCCCGGAGCCUCCUAAGACACGCGUAUCUCAUGGCCCAGAGCCUCCUGAGAAUGGAGCGUCUCUUCUCUCCCCGAAGCCUGCCAAGACUCGCGUAUCUAAUCUCCACCCGGAGCCUCCCAAGUCUGGAGUGUCUCAUCUCCGCCCAAAGCCUCCCAAGACUCCGGUGUCCAGUCUCCGCCGGAAGCCUCCCGAGACUGGAGUGUCCCAUCUCCGCCCAGGGCCUCCCAAGACUCGGGUGUCCAGUCUCCGCCCGGAGCCUCCCGAGACUGGAGUGUCCCAUCUCCGCCCAGAGCCUCCCAAGACUCGGGUGUCCCGUCUCCGCCGGGAACCUCCUGAGACUGGAGUGUCCCAUCUCCGCCCAGGGCCUCGCAAGACGCGGGUGUCCCGUCUCCGCCGGGAGCCUCCUGAGACUGGAGUGUCCCAUCUCCGCCCGGAGACUCCAGAAACUUGUGUAUCUCGUCUCUGCCUGGAGCCUCCUGACACGGGAGUGUCCCAUCUCUGCCCGGAGCCCCCCAAGAUACGCGUAUCUCAUCUCUGCCCAGAGUGUCCUGAGACUGGAGCGUCCCAUCUCCGCCCAGAGCCUCCCAAGACUCCGAUGUACAGUCUCCGCCUGGAAUCUCCCGAGAAUGGAGUGUCCCAUCUCGGCCCAGAGUCUCCCAAGACUCGGGUGUCCAGUCUCCACCCAGAGCCUCUUGAGACUGGAGUGUCCCAUCUCUGCCCAGAGCCUCUAGAGACUUGCGUAUCUCAUCUCCGCCCGGAGUCUACUGAGACUGGAGUGUCUCAUCUCUGCCCAGAGCCUCCCAAGACCCGGGUGUCCAGUCUCCGCCCGGAGCCUCCUAAGACUGCAGUGUCCCAUCUCCGCCCACAGCCUCCCAAGACUCAGGUGUCCAGCGUCCGCCCGGAGCUUCCCGAAACUGCAGUGUCCCAUCCCUGCCCGGAGCCUCCCGAGAGUCGCGUAUCUCAUCUCCUCCCGGAGCCUCCUGAGACUGGAGUGUCCCAUCUCCGCCCAGAGCCUCCCAAGACUCCGGUGUCCAGUCUCCGCCCAGAGCCUCCCGAAACUGGAGUGUCCCAUCUCUGCCUGGAGCCUCCCGAGACUGGAGUAUCCCAUCUCAGCCCGGAAACUCCCAACAGUCGUCGGGUGUCCAGUUUCCUACUACAGGUGCUGAAAAGUUGGGUGUCCCAUCUCCCCCUGGUGCCUCCCAAGACUCAUCGGGUGUCCAGACUCCGCCCGGAGCGUCCCAAGACUCGUCGGGUGUCCAGUUUCCACCCGGAGCCUCCCAGGACUCGUCGAGUGUCCAGUCUCCGCCUGGAGCCUCUCAAGACUCGUCGAGUGUCCAGUCUCUGCCCGGAGCCUGCCAAGACUGGAGUAUCCCAUCUAAAAGAACUGUUUCAGGAAGAUACACCAAACACAACGGAGUGUGUUUCUGACUCUCUUCAACAUAGAUACACAUCGAGAAAACUCUGUGACUUCAAGUGGGCAGGAGACCUGGGAGUUGAUGAAGAAUCCAUCAGCAGUCUGUUUGACUUUACCCCUGAGUGCAAAGCAAACUAUCAAGACCAAGAGAUUAAGAAGGUAAACGAGUGUUCCUCAGGGCUGAAGUGCAGCAUGGAGCUAGAUGACAUGGAUGAGGUCAAAUUCUUCUCACAGAAAAAAGACUUGGAUGAGCAAAUCCAGACUGCAUCGAAUUCUUAUAGUGCAGAGCAUGUGAAGAUGGGGUAUGGAGCAUGGUACCUCAAGCCUAAGUUGGGGAAAAAGCUAAGAAGUGAUGAACCGUUGAUUGACCCCAAGCUCCUACUUGAAAAGCCUGAUGAACCCGACAUUCUUGACGGUCUUUAUGGACCAAUUGCCUUUAAGGAUUUUAUAUUAAGCAAGGGCUACGAAAUGCCUGGCAUCAUUCAAAGGCUGUUUGCCAGGAAUGGAUGGACUUAUGACUCUGUUAAGACUCCUAUUCAACGUGCGAUGCAAGUUUACAAGUACAAAGAAGACGUCACAGAUGCAGCGGAAAAAGAUUAG